AUAUAUGAAUUGCCAUAUUUAUUAAAAACAGCAAUUUCCUCACUUCUACCUCGAGUUUAAAAUGAUAUCCUCCAUGGCAUCAUAACACAAAUCAUACACGGGUACAUUGUAUAUGUGGGACAUCUUAUGCAUGAAAAUAACUGGUCGUGUUCAAACUUUAUAUAUUCCCUUCCAUCAAGAGUAUAAAUACAGAAUUCACAUUUUUGUAACUACCCUCUUUUGAUUUCUAGAAGGUGAUAUUCAAGAUGAGUACAUCUGAUAGAUGUAGCAUUUCAGGAAAAUGUAUUGAUACAGCAUGAUGUUCAAUUUAUUGAUAAUUCUUAUAGAUCAAGACUAUUAAAUAUUGCAGAUUUACAGUUUAAUGCUUAUAUACACACACAUUGCAAUUACAGUGCGCACCAAAAAACCACAACUAUGUCAGAGCGAAUCAAAUUUAAGACAGGGUGAAACCCUUUGCAAGGGUAGAAUGGGGGAAAAACAUGGGGUGAAAUUAACCUUAUAUACAGUAGCUAAUGAGUGUUAUUUUGCCAAGUGUCUGACAUAUUAGAAGUGAAAAAGUCACAGGUCUUUAAUUCAGACGAGAUCUUUUAAAUGAAUAUCCUGUGUCAGGCUGGAACGUCUUCACUUCUACAAUCAUGCAGAAAUCAAAAUUUGUGUCACUGUAAAUACUUGCAGGUGAUGUCCCCAUAGGGGUUAACAAGUGCAGUUCUGUAGUUUCCAGAUCAACCCAAUUUUUAUGAAUGGGAAGUUACAGAACUGGAGUGAGAAAUUCCUAAAUGGGAUGUAUAACAAAACAUGUAUUGGUUUCAUAGAUUUUCUUUUGAAAAUCUACCAGUGUGGAUGGCAAUCAUGCCAGGAUUUCUUGGGGAAAAAAAUAGAAACUUGGACUUAAAUCCAAGCCUCAUGUAUGGACUCUGGGUUUGAUUUCCAGUCCAGCCAAAAAAUUGUGAGGAGGGGGGGGGUUAGAAAAAAAUCAAUUAAAAAGAUAUGAACCACUGUAUCAAUACAUGCAUUGUACAUCAAGGAAAAGUAUGUUUAACGUGUUCUACAGAGUGAGCCUCGGGAUCGGUCCUCUAUUGUCCAAAGGCCACGGCACAGGGGGCACUCUGACAAGAAGUUUGUGUUAAAGACUUUUUUUUUUUUGGCCUUUGGGAUAUAAUUGUUCCACCUUUCCUUCUUCCCUUUCUAUUGUCACCUUUUAUUGAAUUUUCUCUCUUGAUUGAUGCCUUGACUGUGUGUGCUUAUUAAGUGGAACCUAUACUGGAUGUGGAAAUCCGGAAAAAUGCUUUCGUUAAACUCAAAUGCUUGUCUCACAUUUAAGGAUCUAUAAAAUUAGACAAAAUAAAAGCAGACCUUUGUCAUUUUAACAACCAAUAGGAUGCAACUUCUCCAUGCUAACCAUUCUAAAUAUGUUAUGAUGUCCUCCCCUGGGGCCCUGCGCAUGGGCUAUGCUACAUUAAUCUCCUGUUUUUGGCUAUUGCGCAUUUUCACGCUAUAGUUGUGGAAAGGAUAUCAGGAGAAGCAGGGGAGGAAUGUAGUAAUACAGUAUAAGGAGACGCACUGGGUGGGAUACCUGGCAACCCAGCAGCACAUAUUUUCUUAACAUUACGACUGCCUGAUAUCAUUAAGACCAGCCAGUUGAUAAACUCUGUUUAAAUUAAAGAGUUUGGUCAUUAAUCUAGCAGAUAACCAACAAAUCCUGUUCGAAUGGUGAGGAGUAGCCGGACACCGCGGGAUGUGAUUGGCUGGUUAGUGUCCCAAUCAAUACCUUCUUUCAGAGAUUUCUGCAUUUGAUAUAAUUCCACUAAGGGGUGAUGUGAUUACCCCUGGAUGAUCAUCAUUGUUCAUCCCUUUUUAUUGUUUCCUCACAGUGGGUAUAUUUUGUUUGUACAAGAACUUACACAAAAGAUUUUUGUGUUUCAAUCUCUAUAUUUCGGAAUCAAAAUGAUUUGUUGCCUAAGUUUCAAAAUCUAUUUUGAUUAAUUUUUAUUUCAUUAAUUUGUAAUAUAUACCUACUGUUUAGAUUUUCUCUAGGUGGCAAUAAUGCAUGUAAUUAGGCUCUCAUGGUGUUCAGGAUGUGUUUCUCAGAAACAGAAGCAUGCGAAUACACAAUUAAUUUCACUAUCCCUAUGCUGCAGGUAUUGAUGACAGUCCUCAAACUCCUGAUCUGCUCAUAAGCUGCAUAGAUUGUACGAAAUAUUGACACUGCCUACAAAAGCUGUCAUUUCAUAAUGAAUGUGACCUAACAGGAUUUUGCAUUAAGCCCUCCUUGAUGGGUGUUCACUUGAUGGCUAGUUAUGAUACUGAUGCUACCAGUUGUGAACAGCAGCAAGGCGUUUGGGACCCUGUAUAUAUAGACGCAGUUAGAUGGUCAGGAGAUGGUGUAUAUAUAGAUAGUUAGUUCGGGGACCGUAUAGAAAGAUGGUUAGUCUUCACGCGUGUCCAUAUAAACAGUGCAGUCAUUGAACGGUGGGGGCUUGUGCAGUCAACAGGAAUAAACUUAUAGAUAAAUACUGGAGGAAAAAAUCUUUAGUCAGAGCAAUUCACAGUUUUUGUUGUUGAGUGAAACAGGCAGCUGGGGUCUGGAAAUAGAGGAGUGGAUUCAGUGAGGUGUGAUUAGAUGGCAUGAGUAUGAUGGCAGUGAGAUGUAAGCAUGUCAAUGGUAGCCUUUCUCAUGUAUGCCUUCGCCAAUGCAGUAGCUUUUCUUCUGUAUUGGUUGUACCAGAAGAAUGCCACGCAGAAAACGGACUCAGAUGGUCAGUCGGACAAUUUGGUCACCAGACGUUCUCGACUAAAGAGGAAGUCUUCCCUUUUCACACUGAUCGGUCUAGACAUAGAGGUCCACAAACAUUACUAUGCCAUUGACGACCAUUUCCGGUCAUUUUCGGAGGUCAGUGAAGCGUGUAAGAGGGCGGGGCUUGACAGUUGUGGAUUAAUUAUUGGUGUGGACUUCACUGCCAGCAAUGAGUGGCAGGGAAGGAAGUCAUUCAGUGGAAAUUCUUUGCAUAAAAUUGUGCAUGGCAAAAUAUAUAAUCCUUAUCAAAAAGUGAUCUCCGUCAUUGCUCAAACUUUGGAACCUUUUGAUGAUGACAAUUUUAUUCCUGCCUUUGGAUUUGGUGACACGAAAACAUUAGGAGAUUCUGUGUUUCCGUUCCUGAGUGAUCAGUCUCCCUGUAAGGGCUUCAGUGAGGUGUUGGACAGGUACAGUGAUAUUGCUACCAGAGUGGCCUUUAGUGGCCCUACAAACUUUGCCCCCCUAAUUUAUAAAGCAAUAGAAAUAGUGAAAAGUACUCGUAAGUUUCAUAUACUAAUAAUCAUAGCUGAUGGACAAGUCAACGAGGAACAGAAAACGGUGGACGCUAUCAUUGAGGCCUCUGACUACCCCCUUAGUAUUGUUGUAGUGGGGGUGGGUGAUGGCCCCUGGGAAAUAAUGGAUGAAUUUGAUGACUGUCUUCCUAACAGAAAGUUCGAUAACUUCCAGUUCGUGGAUUAUCAUUCAGUAACAUGCAAAAGCAAACACCCCGAUGCAAAUUUCGCUCUUCAUGCACUUAUGGAAAUUCCUCUUCAGUAUAGUACUGUAAAGAAACUUGGAUACAUCGACGAGUGCUCAAAUGGAUCUGUUGUUCGUAGAAAGGAGUCGGAUGUAUAGCAUCAGGGAAUACUGUAGUGUGUAGAACAUCAUGGGGGUUGUCAUGCCUUUUUGUCAAAUACUGGUGAAAACUAUUGGAUUAUUUAUAAAGACCAGGAUUCCAGAGAUUGCGAACCUCCGCCAAGGUUCCCCAGUCUCUCCUUGUCUGUGACUGUUCUUGUAUACACAGAUAGCUUCCAAAAUUUAUUCAGUUCUGGACAGUCAUAGAAUUUAAGCUAUCGUUUGUGAAAAUUUGAAUGAAAUCCAAGUUGUAAUAAAUGCAUGUACAUGCAAUAGGAUCGAAAGUACUGGUAACUGAUAUGGCAAAAUGAAUUCUCAUUUGUACUAGUAAUUUUUUUUUUAAUGAAAUAUUCAUAAUGUCAGUAAAAUACACAGAACCAAAAGGGUGUAAUUGGUCAAGAGAUACACAAACUUAAAAGAGAUUCUUGCCUAGUCUACAAAUACAGUACUGUUGUUGCAUUUUGUUUUUUAGGUGAUUUUUCCCUCCUUUCCUCAAUCUAUUGGUGAAUUACUAUUUAGAAUAUAUGUUGGAAAACAAAUUACAAAAAUUGCAGAAGAAGUCAUGAUUCAAGAUGAAUGACCUUGAUUUCAUUUUGUGUCCUCAUAUAUUAUACAUUUUAUGUAUAUCACAUUGAAUUUACUGAUUUAUUGAUUUUUAUUUUCUCUUCUCUUUCCAGAUCAAUUCAUUUCCUCUUCUCUUUCUCUUUAAAUGAGUCAAAUGACAUAAUAUUGUAUGUGCUUUAAAGUUACAGUUUCUUCAAAGAGUUUUGUGAUUUUUCUCCCUGAUACUCUGAUUGCUUCAGUGUUUAUUGAUCACACAUUGUGCAAUGUUUGUUCCUCUGUGUACUUUGUGAUAUUUGUAUUCAGCACAUUUCUGAUAUUUAAUACUUCUUUGAAAAUACAUGAAUGUAUUAUUUAUUUAAUUAUGAUAUAUUUAAUAUUUCAAGAUAUGAUCAUGUUGAGGUGACAUUGAUCCUGGACAGUCACAAAGUCACGGCUGUUGAUAGACUUUAUAUUUUCAGAGAAACUUUCACUGUAUAACGUAGAACCUUUAGAUACUUUAACACCCCCCCCCCCCCCCCACCACACACCCUAAUUCAACUGCAUAUGAUGUAACAGUAUAGUUAUUGACUGGGUUUGAGGACAACAGCUGUUUUGUUUGACCCGAGAACGGAUCUGUUGCCCGAAGCCGUAGGCUUAGGGCAACAGAUUCAUUCGAGGGUCAAACAAAACAACUGUUGUCCGAGGACACCGUCUAUAACUGUUUUGUUAUACAUCUUCAUUUUUUAAAGGUUGUUUUUACGAGAUGCACAUGGUUUGUUAACUUCGAACUUUUAGCAAGACAGUGUAAAUUUAAUUGCGUAUGUUUAUCAACGAAUCCACUAGUUUAAAAGAAAACAUACCCAAUAUCCGAAUUAAUAAUCAAUCUUUACAUUUUUCGUAUUCCUGUUUAGCGUUUCAUCUAAAAGAUUCUGUAUUUCAUUAUCAGUUAAAUCACUGAACCUCGCCAUUGCGUAAGCAAAGCAGCAGACCGAUAAUCACAUGACUUGCGUAGCCAAUGGAAAGAAGGCAGACUAUUGCCUGGUCAACAGAUCGUAAACUGUUGACCGGUCAAUAGACAUGAGUGUGAGAAUUGGUUUAACAGUUAAAAUGUUAGUUCUAAAUCGUAUUAGUUUUAUAUAGGAAAGAAAAUGAAGGUGUAUAACAAUAAAUACUAACACAAUCACUGCUUUUAUUAUCAGCCCAUACAGAAGAUUAUCCAUCCAGUCUAUUUUGGUAUACCUCUGUUUGGACUGAGUGCCCACUAUAGUACACAGUAAGCAAGUCAUUUAUAGCUUGUUCAGUAUCUAUCACUUCCAGAGAAUAAGAGCUACAUCAUAACUGUUAUAUAUGUAUUGGGCAGGUAGUCUCCACUGGUUUGACCUUGGGUCUAGGUGAAGGUCAUGCAGAGGAAACUUUCAAAUGUCUGUGUUUUAGCCUUUGUGUCUCACUCAUUUGUUUUCAAAUUUCACAAAAAAUGAAUUCUGUGUGACUAGUGCUUUGUACAGCACGGAGUGAUAAUUGUAGCAUCUGCAAUUUUACAAUGUUGACUAUAGAGGAGCAUCUUGUAAAAUAUAAUUUUGUUUUCAUUAAAAAAUCAGGGUGCGCAGUGGGAGGUAAGCAAAAUGAUUUCUUUUUUCCAUGUAGAAGUUUCUGUAGAAAUCGAGGAAGCGAUGGAAUGCAUGGACACAUACAAAAUUCGGGCAAUAUCAGGUUUUAAAACGCUGUUUUUGGGGGGAUUUUUGGAGUUGGGAAGAAUAUUUUCAGUAUGUCUUGAACAAGCUCUUAGUAAUGUUUGCCUUACUAUAGGCAAUUGUUAUUGAUUGGAAUGUUCAUUUGAUUGGUACAUAUAAAGUUGGUGAUGGUCCAGUGUUGAAUUCAUUGUGUAAAAACUAAUUCUUUAUCAGCUGGAAACUUUUACUGAAAACGUACUCCACCGCUUCUUUAGAAAAUUGUGCAAGGAUUUUUCAUUAAUGUUGGUCCUAAUCUAUGUCCCCCUGAUUAGAUUUUAUUGUAUAUAAGUGUAAAGGCAGAUACAGGAAAUGGACUGCAAUGAUAGGCAGACUAGUCAGGAAGGAACUACCUGGGACAUGUUUAGUGAAAGACAAACUUUAUAAUAAAAUUAUUAUAGAGAAUGGUUUUUAAAGAAAAAAUUUUUAAGAAUACUUCAGGGAAGUUACUGUUGGCUAAAUUUAAGGAAAACUAUUUUAGAUGGGUUGGGCAAUUUUUGUAAAACAGUAAUAUUUUGUUUAUUAGUCACAAGGUCACCUACUAAUUGUGAAUACCGCAUCAUGAUGUAGUAGAUGUACUUAUAGUGAAGUGCUGACAGCAGUCAUAGUCAGUAAUGGUGGCUUACUAACUGAUAUGGUGAAUUUUUGUAAAACAAAUUUCAGAAAUCAGGUGCAGUUCAUGCAGAUGACUUGCCAUUUUAAGCUUAAUUGUACUAUUUAGGAGUGGUAAUGGAGAACACAUUCUGUCUAAUAAACUUAUUGAUGAGAAUUUUACUAGAUAUUGAUAUUUUUCAUGGAAUAGAUUACCAAAUAAUGAACAUCCCUAUUGGAUUAGGAGCAGAUAUUGGAGGGGGUUAGUUUCAAACUUACAGAUAAAAUGACAGAUCUAAGACAUAAAUGUCUUUUAUUUUUGACAUAUUUAUAGAUGCAUGCAAAUUUUAGUUCCUCCAUAACUAAAAGUGCAUAUAUUGUAUUUAAUUUGUAUUGGAGUAGAAUUCGUUUCCUGUGAUUAUACAAAUAGAUAAAAAACCAAAUAUAUAAGCUCCAUUCCAGCCAGACCAAUUUACAGUGAAAGGCAUUCUCAGAUUUUGCAUAAGUCGCCUCGCCAGUUUCUUUGUUCCUAGUGAAAAAAAAAAACUGUUUGUUAGUCAUUCAGUAUUAUACAGUGUAGAUUUCAUUUAGAAAGUGAAUUAUUUAUUUGUUGAAAAUGCCAAUGUAUUCUGUGUUCAUUUCCGUCUCAACUGCUGAGUGGUUUGAUUGUUUAACUUUCCAUCUGGACAAGGGAAGGGUGCUUUUAGGAUAUUGAAGUUAUAAUAUGUAUAAAUAUUUGAUAAGUAAUUUGUUAAUAUAUUGUAUAUUCGCCAUCCCAAGUCACAUUUAUUGUGACAUAAGGUUUGUUAGUUAAUACUUUUAUAUGAUAGUGCUUGCUAUAAAACUAUGAUUAACCCAUUAAUAAUUCAAAUCUGAUAAUGUCACAAUGUUAGUACAUGUAGUUGUACUACUAGUACUGCUAGUACUUAUACUACUGUGUCUAUGUGUUUUUUAAAAAUACACAUACUAUUGCUUCUAUCAGAUAUACUUUGUAAUUAUAAGUAUUCCGCAAUACAUUCCCGCUGUAAGUUUAUUUAUUCCACUGGGUAAUUUUUCUACUGUACAACCCCCCUCUGUUUUUUGGUUACUUUGAAUAAGAUCUUGUUAUAAGCCAUUUUAUAUAUACAUAUUUGGUUUUUGAAUGUGUUCAUGUUUAAUCUGUGAACUUGUUAUUUGUAAUAUUUUCUACAAAUAAAAACCCUGUUGACA